AUGCCUGCCGAUAGUUCUUCAGUUUCAGGCCAUGGCCAAACUGUUUGUGUCACCGGAGCAGGAGGGUUCAUUGCUUCCUGGAUUGUCAAACUAUUGCUAGAAAGAGGCUACACUGUUAGGGGAACCUUGAGAAACCCAGAUGACCCAAAGAAUGCUCAUUUGAGGGAGCUUGAAGGAGCUCGAGAGAGGUUAAGUUUGCGUAAAGCUGAUCUUCUUGACUAUGACAGCCUCAAAGAAGCCAUCAACGGCUGUGAUGGCGUUUUUCACACGGCAUCACCGGUUACGGAUGACCCAGAACAAAUGGUGGAGCCGGCGGUGAAUGGAACAAAGAAUGUGAUUGUUGCGGCAGCAGAAGCUAAGGUCAGAAGGGUGGUGUUCACGUCGUCAAUUGGUGCGGUGUACAUGGACCCCACCAGGGGCCCAGAUGUGGUGGUCGAUGAGUCUUGCUGGAGUGAUCUUGAAUUCUGCAAGAACACCAAGAACUGGUACUGUUAUGGGAAAGCAGUGGCAGAGCAGGCAGCAUGGGAAGAGGCCAAGGCGAAAGGGGUGGAUUUGGUGGUGGUGAACCCGGUUUUGGUGCUUGGACCACUUCUGCAACCAACCAUCAACGCCAGCAUCAUCCACGUCCUCAAGUACCUCACAGGCUCAGCCAAGACUUAUGCCAAUUCUGUGCAGGCCUAUGUGCAUGUUAGGGACGUGGCUCUGGCCCACAUUCUGGUGUAUGAAACUCCAUCUGCCUCUGGAAGGUACCUCUGUGCUGAGAGUGUGCUUCAUCGUGGAGAUGUGGUGGAAAUCCUAGCCAAGUUCUUCCCAGAGUACCCAAUUCCCACCAAAUGUUUUCUGAGCUACAUGUUAACAACCGAGAUGGGGAUGGGUGUGGGGACGGGGAUGAUAUUGCCAUACCCGACUUCAAACUGGCUCGUUGUCAUUCUUAACUAUUUUGUGGCGGCUAAGUCCAUGUAUACAUACACAGCUCUAGGUUAG